AAACGGGAACAGAUACGCAUUGUAGUUCACUUCGAAACUGUCUUUAUGAAGUAAACAACUGUGCUAUAUUCGGAGUAAGGUGACACCAUGAAGCUACUAAUACUAGCAGUUAUUAUAGCAACUGUAAAUGCAGACGACUACUGCCACGGAAUAUACAUCAAUGAUAAAUACUACAACGUAGACAUAAUAAAGGAAGGCGUAAACAAAGUUCAUCAAAUAGCAUAUAGCGGUAGAGAUAACACCCUUUAUUUUACAUUUGAGCAGUUAUCUGAUGUACCGAACAGAUCUUUGGGUUAUGUCAAUUUUAAUAGUGAACAAACUGGCCUAAUCGAAGGUGUUAGAAACGCUACAGGCCUAGCAAUAGAUAGAUCGAGGAAUAGAGUGUACGUAGGCGGCUCCGAUGGUCUAUUUUUCUUAAACGAAGCUACUAAAGUACCAGAAAUGCUGCCCGUCUCUCAAGAUAUAAGGUAUUUGUUCUUUAAAAACGUAGUAUACUUUGUCAACAAUAAAAGACAAGCUUUCAAAUUUGAUUCUGGUGUUGUGUAUACGGUAGAUGAACUAAGUUUGGUGGAAGUCGAAAAAUUUGUAGAAGAUGACGACAAUAAUCUUUUAUUUUUAAAUAAAAAUAAUUUGUUUAGAGUUAAGCUAGGAACUAAAGCAGUUAAUUCUCAUGAGAAAUAUGUUGUUAGUACUAUAGCUGCUGAUAAUUUUGGGAAACCUUAUGUCUCCGCUAAAAAUGGUUUAUAUGUAUACAAUAAGUACAAGUAUGUGUUGGAUAGAAUUUCAGAUAAGUUAACUGGUUUAAAGGCGCUGACUUUUGAUAUGCAAAAUAAUCCGAUAUACGUGAUUAAUGAUAAAAUCGUAAGGCUUAUAAUCAAUCCUAUACCUUGUUUCGGUGAUUAGGCGUUAGAAAAUAAUAUUUUUAUACUUUGUUACUUAAUUUCACAUUAAAAAAUAUGAAACUAAC